AGCAUCAUGUGGGAAGUACCACUUUGUGAUUCCUCUUUGUCUCCAUCUACGCAUCAUCAUCAUCAUCUUCCCAAUCCCCAUUACCAAACUCUCUUUCUACACCCACUUUCCAUUUUCUCCAUCACAACCAGACACACACACAGACACCCUUCCUCAAAACAUGGACACACGUUUUCUGUUAUUCUCCCCACCGCCUCCGACCAACCUUCACCACCGUCACCGCCUCCUCCGCUCACCAAAACCUUCAACAACAAUCCAUCACAACAAAACAACAUCACCACCUUCAACAAAACUCACCAGCAGAACCAGAAUCCACAGCAAGUUUGGAAACUUCCUUGAUAUGAUGCCAGAGUACCAACCAGAAGCCUUAGACUUCGACCUUCCAUGGUGCCACCCCUCCGACCGGGCUCGCUUCGACGUGAUCAUCAUGGGUGCCGGCCCGGCCGGCAUUCGAUUAGCAGAGCAAGUUUCCCGUUAUGGAAUCAAGGUUUGCUGUGUUGAUCCUGACCCUCUGUCGAUUUGGCCUAAUAACUAUGGUGUUUGGUGUGAUGAGUUUGAGAGUCUUGGACUUGAGGAUUGCUUGGAUAAAACAUGGGCUAUGGCUUCUGUUCACAUUGACGAAGGGAAGACUAAGUAUUUGGAUCGUUGCUAUGGGAGAGUUAGCAGGAAGAAGCUGAAGGAGAGACUGGUUGAAGGGUGUGUCUCCAAUGGGGUAAGGUUUCACAAGGCGAAGGCGUGGAAGAUUGUGCACCAGGAGUUUGAGAGUAUGCUUCUGUGUGAUGAUGGGACAGAGCUGAAGGGGAGCUUGAUUGUGGAUGCAAGUGGGUUUGGAAGUGAUUUUGUGAAGUAUGAUAAGGUGAGAAACUGUGGCUGUCAGAUUGCUCAUGGUGUGUUGGCUGAAGUGGAGGAUCACCCUUUUGAUUUGGACAAGAUGGUUUUGAUGGAUUGGAGGGAUUCCCAUUUGGGGAAUGAGCCUAAUUUGAGAGCUAGUAAUUUGAAGGUUCCAACUUUUUUGUAUGCAAUGCCAUUUAGUUCCAAUUUGGUGUUUCUUGAAGAAACUUCACUUGUUAGCCGUCCAGUGUUGUCUUACAUGGAGGUGAAGAGGAGAAUGGUUGCAAGGUUGAGACAUUUAGGCAUGAGAGUGAAAAGGGUAUUGGAGGAUGAGAAGUGUUUGAUUCCAAUGGGAGGGCCUUUACCUAUGAUCCCACAGAAUGUGAUGGCCAUUGGUGGAAAUUCUGGGGUGGUUCACCCUUCCACUGGUUACUCGGUAGCUAGGUCAAUGGCUCUAGCACCUGUUAUAGCUGCUGCCAUAGCUGAGUCUCUUGGCUCCACCAGAAUGAUUAGGGGGAAACCUCUUUAUGCUAAAGUUUGGAAUAGCUUGUGGCCUAUUGAGAGCAGACUCAAUAGGGAAUUCUACUCUUUUGGAAUGGAGACUCUGUUGAAGCUUGACUUGAAUGGAACUAGGCGUUUCUUUGAUGCAUUUUUUGAUUUGAAACCUUAUCAAUGGCAGGGGUUCCUCUCUUCAAGGUUGAGUUUGAAAGAACUUAUUUGGUUAAGCUUAUCACUCUUUGGACAUGCCUCAAAUCCAUCAAGGUUUGAUAUUGUCACAAAGUGUCCUGUGCCAUUGGCUAAAAUGAUGGGCAAUAUGACUUUGGAUUCCAUUGGAUGAUGGAAUGUUGUGAAAUACAAUUUUUUAUCUUUCCUUGUAGCUGAACUUGCACAUUGAUUUGUUGAAUUAUCAAAGCUGAUAAUUUAGCUUCUAAAAAUCAUUUAUAGAAUGUGAAAUAGGCAGCCACUUAUUAUGCAAA